GCUAGGGCUUACAGCACCGCACGGCAAUCAUGAGCAGCUCCGGGCAGGUACCACCUACAAAAAGGUUAGUGUCAAUUGUGAUCACUUAUGAUAGUGCAAGAUACAUAUAGACUAAUAUGAUUUUUGCAUUUGUGAGAUAAUUGUAGAUAUUAUUAAAAUAGUUAGUUCAGCAAAUGUGCUUUCUUAUCUUGAAAGCAGUCUAUGGACAAGGGCAGACUGCAAUCCACACUUUUAUUUGAUUAACUAGCCAGUUACAACUAAUGCUAAUAAGCAUUUUAGGACCAACAAAUAAAAGACCUCCCUUUACCCCUUUUAAAUGUCAUGUCCAAAUCAUCUCUUAAACUGAUUGUCACUCAAUGACUUGGUUUGACAUUAUUUUGCAAUGAUUAUGGCAUGAUUUAAUGGGAUACUUAGGCAUUUUGGCAAUGAGGCCCUUUAUCUACUUCCCCAGAGUCAGAUGAACUUGGAGAUACACAUUUGAUGUCUCUGUGUCCAUCUAGUAUGAAGGAAGUUAGAGGUUGUUUCGCAGGCUGGAAGUAUAUGGGUAUCGACUAGCAUGGUAGUCUUUACCCAUGAGAGGUUGACUUGAAUGUAAAGUAGUGGCAAAUUAGAGGUUAGCUUGAAAGUAGUGCCAACUGUCAUAUGUUAGCAGUGGCUAGUUAAUUGAAACCAAAUUGUGGAUUACAGUCAGUUCUUAUUCACGUAUUGCAUUCAAGGAGACCAACAGAUACUUACAAAAAUUGGAUGAAAAGAAAUGAUGGAAGCUUAAAGUCAUCAGGAACAGCAUUUAUUAGACAGGUUGUGAGGCUUUGGAGUAGUCCCCUGGGGAUGGGAGUUGACGGAAUACAUCAUUACGUGAAUAUGUUGCUUCACAGCAUCUUUUUCUUAGGUCACAUUCAUAAGGCCCGUCUUCUUCCAACUGCCUUCUUUGAGUCUCAAGAGGUGAUGGACCAUUUAGAAGGAAGAUUUCCACAGGCAUUCAAUAAUUACAAGUGUCCACCCCACCAGACUCCAUUUUCCAUUCUUCUGGAUUUGGCUGUCAGGAUUUGUGGUGAUCAGGAAGAAAAUCAAAUAAAAAGCUUUCUUCUACAUUUCCUGAAUGCAUUGYAKUUGCCCCCCAYAAUAAWKGYCGAGAGWAACUACACAAACUACUACACUCUGGAGGCUACUGUCAUUGCUGUGUGCUACAACGAAACCCCUGGAGCCCUCAGACCAGAGAAGUACUAUGGAGCAUCCCUGUCCUGRAGAGGGGAGASAGAAAYGAYCAUUYUGAUCAAUVYGUCAUGUCUAAAWGUGUGGCAUGACUAUGUGUCUUAUGCAGUGUUGUCAUUCAGACAUGAUGAACAGGGAAACGGUAUCAGAUUCCCUGUCUCUGUAAAAUGCAGAGCAUUCUACAGGAAUCACCAGACCAAUUGUUAUGAAGACCGAAGGCCGUGCAAGAACUGUGGGGAUCUUUUCUCUCUCUCAAACCCUGAGACAGACAGAAAUGACUUUCCCUACGGAAACUGUGCCGAAACGGAGUGCCUGAGUAAACUUAUUUUCAAUGAUCAGGAUGUCCGGAGCAAUAUGAUUUUGGGAAUCUACUGCACAAGGGAAACCCUAAAAGGUCUUAGAGAAAAGGCAGGAAUAGCUUUGGAACAGAGUCUUAAGGCAUAGGUCUACUUAGCACCUCUGAACAGUGUGCAUUUGGCCGUCAUUUUCAAACCAAGUCCAAACUGUGACUGUGUAAACUUCUAUUAUGUGAUCAGGAUGUCUGCAGCAAUAUGAGUUUUGGACACUACACAAGAGAAAAUGUCUUAGAAAUAUGGUAGAAAACGCUUUUGAACAUUUAGGUUUUGUUUCARACAGGUUUUAUACAUGGUGUUUUUGCUGUGUUUAUCUUGGAAGUUUCCUCUGAAACUACAAUAACAAUGGUGUUCUUUAAUCACUCAACUGGGAUUAAUGCAACUGUGCCAUAGUCAUAAUGCACAAGUAAAUGGUUUCUGUCAUUGAGAGUUGUGAAUUACAGCUCGGACAAACAAUACACUUAUUACCACUAAUAACAGACAUAGAAAGCAGCAACCUUGGGAAUACAUUUUGAAGUUGUUUAACUUUUUGGUUUGGUAUUUGUGUUUGGUUGUUUACUUUUUAUUUGUUUAUAUUGGGGGAUGUUUAAUUGUAAUAAGCUAUCAACUUUGUCCCUUGUCAAAUAGUCUGACAUGUGCUUUGUGUCACAGUGGAAAAUGAAUGAAAUGAAAAUGAACACAUUUCUGAUGUGACAGGAAACUGCAGAAAG